CACACAGCUGACACAAGCUUAAAAACGUAGUGAUUACUAAACACAAGUGUAUUUAAGAAAUCACAAAUUUAAUAGGUGUACUAUUUAGAAUGUUCAUAAACAUUGUGUGUAUUAAUUUGUAAAAUUUUCAGUAAUUAAAACUUAAACAAUGGAGACAUAUACGGCAAAUCCCAUCAGACAAAGAAUCAAUAAAAUAUUUGACAACCACAUAGCUUCAGAUAGUACAGAUGCUUUGCAUUCUGUAUCAGGAUUAUGCUCCUCUAACUCUGCAUACACGCGAAGAGUACUUGUGAACGAAAUAGAGAAAAGAGACACACUUGUGAAUAAAGCCGUAUUAGCAGAGUAUAGAAAAGUCAAAGAUAAAUUUCAGUCCUUACUUGAUUCUCUGGACUCACUCAAUUCAGCAGUCAAUGACAUGUCGAAAAGAUUAAAUGAUUCUAAAACAAAAACACACCACUUGAUUACCCAGACCACUAAUUUAAAGGAUGAAAGAAAAAAAACAGAAAAGAAACUAGUUUGGGUGAAAGCGUAUGUGAACAGUUUUCAACUUAGUCCAGAUAAAAUUGAUUACCUUUGUAAUGUGUCGAUAAAAACACCACUUACCUUGGAUUUCUUUAAAACUCUAUCACUAAUUGAAAAAUUGUAUGAAAAUUGUAAAGUACUAGUCAGAUGUUGGUAUGAAACUUCAGCAUUUGAUAUAAUGGAAAUAGUGGGCUUGCAACAAGAGGUUGCGAUAGAAAAGCUUUAUCAUUGGACAAUUGGAGCUUGCCUCAGCACAGAUUCCCCUAAUAAUGCUCUUAUCCCCUUGGCUUUAGCUAAAUUUCAAAAUAGGCAAGUUCUUUUUAGUAAUAUAAUUGAUGAAUAUUGUUCAGCUAGAAAAGCUACAAUAGUUCAAUUAUUUAUUGAUGCCCUAACUAAAGAAACGGAAACUGUUCCAAAACCAAUUGAAUUUUACGCUAAUGAUCCUAAGAGAUAUAUUGGUGAUAUUUUAGCUUGGGUGUAUCAAAUUAUUCCAAUAGAAAAAGAAAAUUUGCAAAUUUUAUAUAAACACUGUAAUAUGUCUGAUAAAAAACAAUACAUUAUUGAAGCUUUGAUUAGCAUAAUGGAAGCUAUAUGCCCCUUAUUAAAAAUUAGGGCUGAACUUAUAUUAAAACCUGAUAAAGAUCCAUUAGUGUUAUGGUCAAUUACACAUCAAAUAAUUUAUUACAAAGAAGUAAUUCAAGCUAUCAUACCUAAAGGACAUUUAAUAAACACUCUGGAUGAGCUACUAAAAAAGAGUGAAGAUGUAUUUCUUAUGACAUUAGACAGCAAAAUACAAAAAGAAUUGAGCCAUGGAGUGAAAGCACCACCAGUGGAUUUAAAUCCAUCGAUAGUAGUAACUGACUUGGUCAGUUUCCUGAGAGAUCUUUUGACUAUUAUGAACAGCUCUAACAACUUCAAUAUAUCUGAGAGGAAAAUGAUUGUUACUCACAUUUUAGAUCCAUUACUACAAUCAGUCAAUGAAACUGCUUGUCAUCUGAGUCCUACGGAUAUGUCUGUUUAUAUGUUGAAUUGUAUUUAUCACAUACAGUGCACUUUAUCCUUAUAUACAUUAAUGGAUGAAUAUAAUGAGAGACUACAGGCACAAUCAGAAGCCCAGAUUGAUACAUUGACAUCAGAGCAAGCUAGUUAUUUAGUUGCAAAUUUAAAUCUGGGCCCGAUUUACACAAUAUUACAAGAAAAGAUUAGUGGGCCACUCUCAGCCAUUCCAGGGAUGGAUACGUCAACUCUAAAAACAUUCUUAAACAAAUUUGAUACAUUUUUAUUAGGACCAGAUUCUUAUAUUUUACCGCAGCUCAAUUUGCUUUUAAGUCACUCUCAUAAAUUGGGUGUGAAGAAGAGAGCUUUUGAAGUAAUACUAGCUAUUUAUGAACAAUUAUAUAAAGCUAUUCAUGACCCUAAUAAUGGUUACACAGAUCAUUUGUCUAUUGUAAAGAGAACUCCAGAUGAAGUCAACAAAUUGUUGAAAUAAGAGUUAUGUACAUAAGAAUAGUUAAAUAUAUGUAAUUGGAUACAGAAAUAAUAUAAGUUAGAGGUAUUCUUAAAUAUUUUGGGGUAAAACUCAAUUUAUAGUUAACUA